GAAGAAGACCGGAUACCGUCAAUUAGCAAGCUUGAAAUUGAUUUUUUUUUAUUGAAAAACCGAAACAAACAUGAAUAUUAUACGAGGAAUAAAUACUGUACAAGGACCAAAAUUAUUCAGAAUUUUUCAGAAUGGAUCAACAGCAGGCAGGAAUUAUGAACCUUCUUUGGUGGAAUCAGGUGCUGACAAAGUUAUUGGAACAAUACGAUUUUGUUGGUCACUGUCAUACUGGACUUCACCUUUAUUGUUAGGAAUUCUUUACAGAAGAGGACAUUUUACAGCAGAAGGUAUUGUAAACCUGGGAAAGUUUGUCAUGUAUGUUGGAACUUUGUACUACACAGCAGUGUUAGUUAGAGGUUUUGGAAGAUUUAUGAACCCUGACUAUAUGACAUUUAUAACAGUCCUGACAGAUGCUCAGAAGGUUUUUAAUGAACAAAACAGGAGAUUAUUAUCUGGCUUUGAUUAUCAGUACUGGGCAAGCCCUGUUGCUUGGCGAUGGACAAAUGUGAAUAUAGGAGAGGUGAAGAAAAUGAAGAUUCAAGCAAAAAGUAACAGAGAUCCACCUAGAUCACUCCUAUCUAUACCAUCAGAUAUACUUAGUUAUAUUUGUGCAAACACAUUUGGAAGGAGAAUGGUUUACCCUGGGGCUACAGCAUUAAUAAAUACUCUUGUUGAGGGACCAUUAUGUCAGGGAAGAGCAAAACUUAUUGAAGAGAAACAUGGUAUUAGAGCUAAAUUAUUAACAGAGGAUAACAAUGAAAUAGACACAAUGUUUGUAGAUAGAAGGGCUGAUAAAACAAGACAUGGCAAUACACUGGUUGUAACAUGUGAAGGAAAUGCAGGUUUCUAUGAGAUAGGUGCCAUGGCAACACCACUUGACCUGGAAUACUCUGUCAUUGGUUGGAAUCAUCCUGGGUUUGCUGGGAGCUCUGGUGUGCCAUUCCCUGAUCAGGAGCAAUCUGCAAUUGAUGCUGUGAUGCAAUAUUCAAUACAUGAACUGGGUUUUACUCCAGAUAACAUUAUACUGUAUGCAUGGUCUAUAGGUGGCUAUACUGCAACUUGGGCGGCAAUGAAUUACCCAGAUGUUAAGUUUACUAUUCUUGAUGCUACAUUUGAUGAUAUUAUGCCUUUGGCUUAUGCAAAGAUGCCAGAAUUUGCAAGGGGCCUUGUUGAGAAAACUGUGAACCGAUAUUUGAACCUCAAUAUUGCAGACCAACUUCUAGAGUAUCCAGGUCCUGUAUUGUUAAUAAGGAGAAGCAGGGAUGAGAUGUUGACUACACUAGACCCUACAGCAAUCCAUACAAAUAGGGGAAACUUUCUUCUUUUAAAGUUGUUAUCACACAGGUAUCCGAAGAUUGUUGACAAUACAACUAUUCCAAUACUUGAAGAUUAUUUGAGUAAAGAGAAAGCAGGUCAAGAAGUACUGAUGGCAGCUAUGGAAGUAGACAGAGAGUGGUGUACUGUAGCAAUGAGGUCAUAUAUGGAGGAGGCCGAGAACACAAAGUUUCCAUUAGAUAUAGGGACAGAUUAUACUGAACAACAGAAAACUCACAUGACAUUAUUUUUGGCGUCAAAACACAUGGAAGAUUUCAAUUCGACACACUGUACUCCGUUACCUACACAAUUCUUCAAGCAGCCAUGGACACCUUGAUAAAUGACUGUUAACAUAGGCCUUUAACAUUUUAUUACAUUUUUUUUUUGUGCUCACUUUUUUUUAGUAUUUGUUGUGUGUUUUUUUGUAUUAAGUAAUAAAAGUUUACAUAUAAAUGCUGUGAAAUGUAAUAAUGUUUAAGAUAUUCCAUGGUUGAAGCAAAGCAGUCAAUAUUAUGCUGGAAUCAUUCCACACUGCAUGUUUGCAUUGUUCUAAAUGCUGUCUUUAUUAAGAUUGCACAAACAUUUUUACAAAGUUAACAUAUAAGUUAUUAUAUUUAUUACCUAUCUUUUACCAUUUAAUGGGUAUAAAGCUGUAUGUAAUGAAAUAUUUUUUAUCAAAUCUAAAAACAAUAAAAUUAUGUUGUCUCCAUAAUCUUUUGGUUGAUUAUCGAAUCAGUUGAAUAGUUCUGUAAAUUAACACACAUAAACUGUUUAUUAACACUCAUGAAAACUGCGUAAACAAGAUAAAAUGUUAUUGAACAAAAUAUUAUUUUGCUAUUUAAGGUUGGUUCUUAACCGUUAAGCAAUAAUUUCCUACUUGCAUUAUUUGCCCAAUAGGAAAUGUACAAACAUGUUUCUUUCAUACCGGCAUUUUGAAGUGUUUUUUUUCUCAACUUUUAUACAAAAAAGUUUGUAAAAUUCUGUGCAACAGCUUUAUUUACUUUAAAAUGUAAGGAUGGUAAUCAUGUAACUCUUGUGAUGGUGAAAGUUAUUACCAGGUUUACAUACAUGACUCCUUUGUAUAAGUGUUCUUAUUUUGGGCUGAAGUGACAAAACUCAAACUUAAAUUUGCUGAUAGCCCUGAAGUUUGGCAUAUUUAGUGAACAGAUUAUAAUUAUUUAUUAUUUAUUAUUAUAAUAUCAUUGUUUAUAGCUGUAUUUAUAAGGGAACAUCACUAUUUUCACCAGAGCACAACAUGCUUUAAGGAGAGCUAUUGUGACUGGACUGUGUCCAUUGUCUGUUGUAUGUCUGCAACUAUUGCAUGUGGCCAAUGUUGUAAAACUGGGCAGCAAUUUUAGACAAAUGGGAAUAAGCAGCUAGGGACUUCAUCAGCAGCCAUUGUCUUUUCUUAUAAAUCAGUGACUUUCAUAGACAUCACUUUUGAUAGUAACUUUUGACUUCUUUAGCAACCAGAAACUACUACAGCAACAGGUUUUCUAUUUACAUGUUUUAUUAGCAAGUGAAUUCCAUAGCAACUACAUAUUUACUUUCAAUGGCAACCAGUGACUUCCAUAGCUACUAGUGACUUUUCAAAGCAACUAGUGACUUCUAUAGCAAGCAUUGACUUUACAAUGCCAUGUUUUCUGUUCAAUGCAAUUUUAUUUAAAACAUAUUUAUUUGUGCUUAAUUGUGAAGACGACUUGUAGGUUAUUUGAACCUACCUCCAGCCCUAUUCAGUACAUGUGUACCGAUUUAAAAUUAGAAAACAUUGUUGUGACCAUAUCAUGGCUUAAAUCUGCGAUCCCUGAGCAAAGAGGCAGAGAAUUAAACACUCCGUCAAGGUUUCCCUUUGUGUUAAAUGGUGUUGUGCUCUUGUUUUUUUUAUGCUCUCCGAAAAAAAUCGAGGGGAGCAUAUUACAGUCGCCGGGUUGUCCGUCUGUCCAUCCCAAAUUCGUGUUUUGCCCAUAACUUCGUUAUUUGAAGUCAGAUUUUACAACUAAAUCACAAAAAUAAUUGCCAUAUUGAGACGACGUGUCACACGCAACAUAUGGGUGGCUACCUUGUAGGUCAAGGUCACAGCAUGACCUUGCAGCAAAAUCGUGUCCAGCCCAUAACUUCGUUAUUUGAAGUUUUUUAUACUUAAAACUUUGUCCAGGACAUAACUCUUAAAUUGUAAGCGAUACCAACAUGAACCUUUGUUGAUAGAUAGAACUCAUUGUGUAGAAGUGCAGCACAAUAAACUGUAACACUGCCUUCCCUAAUUAUGGAGUAAUUGUUCUUUGUUCAAUUUUAUACACCGAACUUUGUCCGGGACAUAACUAUGAAACUAUUAUAGAUAUCAAUAUGAAACAUUGUAGGUAGAUAAAUCUCAUUGAGUAAAAGUGCAGUGCAAAGGAACCGUAACUCUGCCUACUUAUAGAGUAAUGUCCCUUUGUUCAUUUUUAUACUUUUGAACAUUGUGCUAGACAUAACUUUGAAACUAUAUUAGAUAUAAACAUGAAACUUUGAAGGUAGAUAGAUCUUAUUAAAUAAAAGUUCAAUGAAAAAGAACCGUACAUCUGCCUUGCCUUAUUUUGAAGUUAUGGCCCUAUGUUCAUUUUUACACUUAGAACAUUGUCCGG